UCCCGAACAGUAGGCUAAUGCCCCUUUUAGCUGCCAUUUGUACAGAUUUACUUGUGCGACUGUUCUAGGCCUACUUAAUCGGAAAGAAAAUAGACAUUGCCUUGUUGCAUGUUUCAAGUUGUGCAACUAGCCUAUAAACGAUUAGCGUGAAUGAUUAAGACCUCGUGAGGCAGGGAGUUGGUCUAUGCGGUGAAGCGUCUGAACUUGUGAUUUGGGCUUCGCUGCUCCCAUUCAUUCAGCACACUGCUCCGCCGGCAGUAUGGAGCUAGUGACUCGAACAGUGGGAACUGUCGUCUCGACGAUUGCCGAUCUUCUGCGCUCCUUUACGGAUAUAUUUCUGACUCAGCCCCAUGAAGCCACGCUACCUUACCUGGAGGAAACCGAGCUGAAAACGCUGGAUGAAGAGAAGAAAGUAGUGAAGGCAAAAACACUAUGGGAGAAGUCUGGGGCUGUGGUCAUGGCAGUGAGGCGGCCUGGAUGAUUUUUGUGCAGAGAGGAGGCCUCUGAGCUGUCCUCUCUGAAGCCUCAGCUGGAUGAGCUGGGCAUCCCUCUGGUAGCCGUGGUGAAGGAAAACGUUGGGGAGGAGGUGCAGAACUUCAGACCCUACUUCAACGGAGAGAUCUACUUGGACGAGAAGCGGAGGUUCUUUGGCCCCCGGGAGCGUAAAAUGGGUCUGUCAGGAUUCCUGCGGUCUGGGGUCUGGAUGAACGGUUAUCGGGCUUUCAAGAAUGGUUUCCUGGGCAACGUUUAUGGAGAGGGCUUUAUCUUGGGAGGAGUGUUUGUCAUCGGACCAGGGGGUCAAGGAAUCCUCCUUGAACACCGAGAGAUGGAAUUUGGGGACAGAGUCAACGUCCGGCACGUGGCUAACGCGGUGCGUGACAUCCACACGGAACCGGCGCCUGUGCCUGAACACUAGCACUGACCCGGCGGUCGCCAUGGCGACACAUACUGGGAUUAUGACAUCACUUGAGCCCCCGAGAGUCUGCUGUUGAGAAACCUCAGCAAAUCUCCUCUGCAGAAUUGUGCUCCUCGGCCAACACGGACUUGCACAAUGUGGACUGACUUGCUCACGGUUGCUUAAUAACACAAAGGAGGGCUGAGGGUGCUGUGCUGUGCCACUGAUGACGAGAAGUGUGGUAGUGCCUAUGAAGGACUGUUUCUAAACUCUUUUGACGAAGCAGUCUUGAUGUUUUCACACUUUCACCUACUCAAGUCAAUGUAACGCAAUACAGAGAGACGGACCAGGGAAAAGUGUAUCUCGGAAAAUAAAUGGCUAACACAAA